CAAAUCCGGCUUCUGCACAGCGAUCUAAAUCCCACCCCUUCCUCCCUUGGAAAGGAUUGAAUUUCUCUUCCUUUUAUUUUCCUGAAAGAGGAGUCCUAUCCAAGCACUAGCAAGGGCUUCUAGUAUGCUCUCAAUCUGAAUACAGAUAUGCAUUUUGAUGGUGGGGCCAUAUUAUGAGCCCACAUCUUGAAGUGCAAAGGGAACAACAGCAUUUCCCCCACCCCACCCAGACUUUUAUGCAAUACAAAAAGCGCCUUGAGUUAGAGAUAAAGAGCUGUCUUGUACUACAGAAGUAUGGCCUGGCUGCUCGCUAGAACUUGCUUCCCCAAAAUUGUCCCAGGAGGUCAGUUUUCUUGUAAAGCCAGAACGUGGAGCCGGGGACCCUUGACUGCCUAUAUGCCUGAAGCUGCAGCUUUUCCUGGACCAAGAGACCACCAAGGACUGUAUCAGGUGUCUGUGGAGCAAACUGAUGCAUUUUGGGGAGUGCUAGCAAGAAGCCGACUUACAUGGAUCAACCCUUUUCAUUCCGUUAGUGACUGUGACCUACAGCAGGGCCACAUAUCCUGGUUCGUUGGAGGGGAGCUGAAUGUAGCAGUCAACUGCUUGGAUCGACAUGUCCAUCAAGCCCCAAAUAAAGUGGCCCUCAUCUGGGAGAAAGAUGAGCCUGGGCAAGAGGAGCGAAUUACAUACAGAGAACUGCUGGAGAUGACAUGCCGCCUUGGGAAUACCUUAAAGCGACAGGGAGUGAAGAAGGGUGACAGAGUCAGUAUCUACAUGCCCCCAUGUCCCAUGGCUGUGGCAAGUAUGUUGGCUUGUGCCCGAAUUGGAGCUGUACACACAGUGGUAUUUGCUGGAUUCAGUUCUGUGGCACUGGCCAACAGGAUCCAAGAUGCUCAAGCUGAAACAGUGAUCACAGUAAACCAAGGCGUGCGAGGCGGCAAGGUUAUUAACCUGAAGCAGAUGGUGGACCAGGCUGUGAAACUGUGUCCGACGGUGAAACGAGUUUUUGUUUCAGAGAGAACAGAUUACAAAGUUCCCAUGUCAGGACUGGAUAUCCCACUAGAAGAGGAGAUGAUGAAAGAGGAUGCAGUUUGUGAGCCUGUUGCCUUGGAGAGUGAAGACUUACUUUUUCUGCUCUACACAUCAGGAAGCACUGGGCAACCCAAAGGACUGGUCCACACCCAGGCCGGCUAUUUGCUGUAUGCUGCAGUUACACACAAGUAUGUGUUUGACUACCAUGAUGGAGAUGUUUUUGGCUGCGUUGCAGACAUCGGUUGGAUCACAGGACACAGUUAUGUAGUAUAUGGACCUUUGUGCAAUGGGGGAACUACAGUCUUGUUUGAGAGCAGUCCAACAUACCCUAAUCCAGGGCGUUACUGGGAAACUGUGGAAAGGUUAAAGAUAAAUCAGUUCUAUGGAGCGCCUACAGCUAUUCGUCUACUGCUGAGUUACGGGGAAGGCUGGGUAAAGAAAUACGACAGAUCUUCUCUCAAAAUCCUUGGAUCAGUGGGAGAACCGAUCGACACAGAAGCCUGGGACUGGUACUUUAAUGUAGUUGGAGAUGGACGGUGCCCAGUAGUUGACACAUGGUGGCAAACAGAAACCGGGGGCAUCUGCAUUGCUCCUCGUCCUUCAAAUCCGGGAGAAGAGAUCCUUCCAGCCAUGGCCAUGAGACCUUUCUUUGGCAUCAGACCUUCCCUUCUGGAUGACAAAGGGAUUGUCUUAACACAGAAUGAUGUCUCUGGAGCUCUCUGCAUUGCUCAGGCCUGGCCAGGUAUGGCAAGAACUAUUUACAAUGACCAUCAGAGAUUCGUGGAGGUCUACAUGAAACCUUAUCCAGGAUAUUAUUUCACUGGGGAUGGAGCAUACCGGUCCAGUAAAGGAUAUUAUCAAUUGACAGGCCGCCUUGAUGAUGUUAUCAAUGUCAGUGGGCACCGGCUGGGCACUGCUGAGAUUGAAGAUGUUGUGAAUAAGCAUCAGGCUGUGGCAGAGUCAGCUGUGAUUGGAUAUCCUCACAAGCUCAAAGGAGAAGGUGCCUAUGCAUUCGUUGUGCUGAAGGAGGGUUUCAACCUCUCCCAAGAGAGCCUGGCUUCUGAGCUUCGGGAGCUUGUCUCAAAAGAGAUUGCAAAAUAUGCGGCACCAGAAUACAUUCAGGUAGCUCGGCAUCUGCCUAAGACCCGUUCAGGAAAGAUUAUGCGGCGGGUGUUGAAGAAGAUUGUUGAAAACAAAGCAGAUGAGCUUGGAGAUCUGACAACCUUGGAUGACCGCGAGACAGUGAAAGAGAUCAUUCAGGGGCACAAGCAAAUUCUGGAGAAAGGGCAAGGCCGGUAGCCCAAGUGCUUCCUAGCUUCAUAGGUUGGCAAUGGCAGGCGAAAUAUUUUAAGGACAUAUGAAAAAGAGCCUUGGUACAGCAGAGGAAAGAACCACCUAUUUCCGCUCCCAAAGUGGGCAAUUAGCUGCCUUAGGGAAGUCCACACAAUACAACUGUAUUGUCAUCUCACCUUCCCCAUCAACUGGUAUACAGAAGCCAGGAAAGAAUCAUGCUAAUUUUCUAAGCAACAGCCCUCCCUAUAUUCAUCAUCAUCAUCAUCAUCUUAGAACUGCAGAGCUGGAAGGAUCACCAAGUCCAGCCCCUGUCAAGAAGGCA